AUGAGUAUCUGUUUCAUAAUAAUCAAGCGUGUACCUAAUUUGCUAUUUAUUCCCAGGGCAAAACCGAUUGCGGGAACAUUAGAAACCAAAGAAGAACGUUCAACUGUCGAAACAGUUGGUCAUGAUGCGCUUUUGAUUCGUUUGAACCAAUGUGGACGUACUUUCGAAUACACAAUGAUUAGGCAUCAUCAGUUGAAAAGGGGAGAAG